AUUGGUAAGUACGAUGGUAUUCCUCCGCUGUCAGAUGCCUAAUCACGUUUCUAACCUCAUUUCGCUGAGUUUCUACACGUUCCGAUUUUGAAUCAUAACGUCCGCGGUUAAUUUGCCAAGCUAAAAGAUUAAGAAAUAUUUGACGAGCUUUAGCAGAAUGCGAACAAAAGUGCGAGAUAUUAUCUCACAAAAACAUACAUUUAUGUCUUUGUUGGGUGCUGAUCUGAUGAGCCAUUAAAAAUGGCUGACACGCCGUCAGUCACGGAAAACACAGAAGAAUCAGAGAAACAGGAUGAUUCUACGAAGAAUUAUGAAUUUGAUGGGCAAACGUACAUCUAUACCGAUAAGGCAACAAACAUUACUUACAGAUUUGACCAGGAAAAUAAUAAAUGGGUUGUGAAAGAAGAUAAUAAAAGCUCUGAUAGUAAGGACAGCUCUGACAAGAUGGCAAAGAAUGAAGGUUCUGCUCCCGAAGCUGGUGCUUUUGGCUUUGAGAACGACACACACACCUACACAGAUCCAAACGAUGGCAGUGUAUACUUCUGGGACAAAGAAAAAAAUGCCUGGUUUCCUAAAGUCGAUGAAGAUUUCAUGGCCAAGUACCAGAUGAACUAUGGUUUUACGGACAGUACGCUACAGUCAAAACCACCAGAGCCAAAGGAACCUCCGCCCUCUCAGAAAGCCAAGGAGGAGAAGGAGCAGAGAAAAGCAGAGGCCAAACGGAAAGCUCAGGAACCGCCGACUUGGUUCGAGGUUGACGAGGCCCAUAACACCGCUAUCUACGUAUCUGGCCUACCUUUGGACAUUACCAUAGAAGAACUCACGCAACUCUUUACCAAAUGCGGCCUCAUAGCAAGGGAUGAAAAAGGAAAGGAUAAAAUCAAGCUGUACAAAGACAGCAAUGGAGAACCGAAGGGGGAUGCUCUCUGCACUUACAUCAAGGUUGAAUCGGUGGAUCUGGCGCUGAAAAUUUUAGACGGCUCGCAAAUCCGCGGAAAAACGCUGUCGGUUCAGAGGGCAAAGUUCCAAAUGAAGGGCGCAUACGAUCCCGCGUUGAAACCGAAGAGGAAAAAAAAGGAUAAAGAUCGACAGAAGAAGAUGCAAGACAAAUUAUUUGACUGGCGACCGGAGCGCAUGCGAGGCGAACCGCUGAAAUGCGAAAGGGUCGUCAUCAUAAAGAACCUUUUCACACCGGAGGAUUUCGACAAAGAAGUCCAGCUGCUCUUGGAAUACCAGCAGGAUAUUCGAUCCGAGUGCCUGAAGUGUGGCGACGUCAGAAAAGUUGUCAUCUGUGACAGACAUCCCGAAGGAGUAGCGCAAGUCACAUUCCGAGAACCGGCAGAGGCUCAAGCUUGCGUGCAGCUUCUGAACGGCCGAUGGUUCAGUCAAAGAAAGAUCUCGGCGGAGAUCUGGGACGGCAAGACCAAGUACAAAAUUACAGAGACUGAUGCGGAGAUUGAAGCGCGACUGAACAAAUGGGAUAAAUACUUGGAGCAGGAAGACGAGGAGAAGGAAAAAAAGAAGCAAGAGAGCAGCAACAAGGAACAAAAAACGUUACAAUGAGAAUGCAUCCUAUCGUAUCGGUAGAAUUGUAAUGAUAUUUUGAAGAUUCUAUUUUCUUCGUUUCUCCAGAAGUCUUUACCGUUGUAUUGCAUUUGAAUGUUAAACACGAAACUUUCCUUUUGGAUGUUUUAAUGAGAAUCCGGAUGAUUAAUCGAUCCUGUCACAACCUGUGGUUGAGAUAAUAAGUGGCUCGCAAUUUUCACGGUUGAAUCGGCGCUACUGUUGUGCUAGUGAUAUAUUGUUAGUUGUUGCAACAAUAAAGCUGUCUCUCCGA